UGCGAAUGUUCCCCUUCCAUAUGCUCUUUCCCGCACCAUAUAACAAAUCCAAUUCAUACCCCCCUUGUAAAGAAAUCGAUAAUCGAUCUUCAAUUCUCCUGAUCAAGCGAAGUCGCUCUGCAAUUUCUCAUCCUUAAAGAAAAGGUUCUGACUCUACUCAGAUAGUGGGCUUUGCGGUGCAGUAUUGUAUUUAAGUUUCCAAGCAACAGCUAAUAUGCAGGCAUCAAGGGCAAGGCUUUUCAAGGAAUACAAAGAGGUGCAGCGAGAGAAAGUUGCUGAUCCAGAUAUUCAAUUAGUUUGUGAUGACUCAAACAUAUUUAAAUGGACUGCUCUCAUCAAGGGACCAUCAGAGACUCCAUUUGAAGGCGGUGUAUUCCAGCUUGCUUUCGCAGUUCCUGAGCAGUAUCCUUUGCAACCUCCACAAGUCAGGUUUUUGACAAAAAUUUUCCAUCCAAAUGUGCAUUUCAAGACGGGAGAGAUUUGCCUUGAUAUUUUGAAGAAUGCAUGGAGCCCUGCUUGGACACUCCAAUCUGUUUGUAGGGCUAUAAUUGCUUUAAUGGCACAUCCGGAGCCUGAUAGCCCACUGAACUGUGAUUCAGGCAAUCUUCUGCGGUCUGGCGAUCUCAGGGGGUACUAUUCCAUGGCAAGAAUGUACACUAAGCUUGCCGCCAUGCCCAAGAAAGGCUGAACUGGUGUGCUGUAGUUUCUGUCUUCAGUUUUAGUGGGGGGGUUUUGUGCUAGCUUUGUUUGGGACGUCUUGGCUUUUAUUCAUGAAUUUGCACAUAAUGUAAACCUUGACACAUGUUAUUUGGGGAUAUUUAUACAUCAUAAUUAAUUGUGUAGA